AUGGCCAGAAUGUAUAUCUUCUUCACGCUCUUCGCGUUCAUAUGCACCUGCUUCGCCAACAGCACCAUCAUCCCCCUCUCCACGCAUUCAUCCACCACCGACAACACGCCCCGAGCCGCAGGCACAACCUGCAACACCUGCAACAAGGCCUUCUGUCUCGCCCAGCACUUACCGAUAUGUAAGAACGCAGAGGAGAAGGAUGUCUUCACUACGUGUUUCCAGAGGGAUAGUAGGAAGGACCAGAUUGUUGUGUUGACAUUUAUUGGGGUGACGAUUGGGUUGUUGGGGUGGGCGGCUGUGAGGAAGGUGAUGGAGAAGAGAAAAGGGGAAGGUGUUAGGAUAGCGCAUACGCAGGAGGGGUAUGAGAGGGUUGGGGGAAGGAGAUAA